AUGAACAAUGACGCGCCCACGCUCCUCGAAGUCAUCCAGCUAACCCGUCAAGAACUCACCCACACGCAGAAAACCGACCCGAUUCGUGAAUGCGGACGCGCUGCGCUGGCGCUGCUUCCCUCUGAUUCCGACCUAGCAUUGAAGCUCGCCUAUCAGAAAUUACACGAUGUGCCGUACAAGGAGGUGAAGACGUGCUGGCGCAGGCUAUACGCGGAUGCGAGUCUAUGGAAGGUGGUGAAGGUGGUAGACGACCAGCAUGGCCAAUUCGCAAAGGGUAGAUACGAUGAAGAGCGAAGCAAUGCUGCUGCUGAGAAGAAUGCCUGGGUUGACGACGUGGUACGAACACUGGAUAUGACGCUUAUAUUGACAGGCGCACCCGAGAGAGAGGAGCUCGUGGAGUUGUGGUUUGCAGCGUUGAAAGCUGUCCUAACGCCUCCAGGACGAAAUUCCAACAUCGACGCUGACGCUUCCGAGCCCCCGAACAAACGGAGAAUGCUAUCGUUUUCGCGUCAAACCUCCUGUGUACCAACGAGCUUCCCGACGGUGCUACCCAAUCCCUCGCCCACCAUCCGACACGCGAUACCUCGAACGAGAGAACUCAGUCUGGAGGCUUUCCAGAAGAGAGUUGGUGACACGGCUAUGCAUACACCUGUUAUUAUCGAAGGUGCGAUACAGCACUGGCCCGCACUCGACGAGCGGCCGUGGAACAGCCCAGCAUAUUUGCUCGAGCAGACACUCGGUGGUAGACGCCUCAUACCCGUUGAAGUGGGCAAGAGCUAUACAGACGAAGGCUGGGGUCAGCGCAUAACCACUUUCCGCGACUUCAUGGAGACAUACAUGCUCGAAGGUGCGAAAGACGCUGUCUCAGCUACACCAUACAUGGACAAUGUGGGUAGCCCUGAUCGAGACGGAGCUGAUGGCAGCCAAACGCCAACACCACCACCGACAGGCUACCUAGCUCAGCACGACCUCUUCGCCCAGAUUCCAUCUCUCCGCGCCGAUAUUAGCAUACCUGACUACUGCUACUCCUCACCCGCCCCUUCCCCGCACCUCAUACACAUUAAACCUGUCCCGAAGCUCGAAGAACCAUUGCUUAAUGCUUGGUUUGGACCUAAGGGGACUGUUUCGCCUCUACAUACUGAUCCGUACCACAAUAUACUUGCACAGGUCGUGGGGUACAAGUAUGUGAGGUUGUAUGCCCCGGAGGAGACGGAGCGAUUGUAUCCGAGAGGGAUGGAGGGGGGCGGAGUGGAUAUGAGCAAUACUAGUCGUGUUGAUUUGGACGAGGGGAUGGAAGUUCUGGGGGAGGUGAGUUGCUGGGAGGUUGAGGGCUUGUCAAGUGAACGGCGAUGGGAGUUCGAAGAAGAGUUUCCUGGUUUCAAGGAUGCGAGGUAUAUUGAAGGCAUUUUAGCCCCGGGUGAGUGUCUUUAUCUUCCAGUAGGUUGGUGGCAUUAUAUACGUAGUCUCACACCUAGUUUUAGUGUGAGCUUUUGGUUCAAUUGA